AUGUCGCUGUCGCAUCUCGUCCCGCUCCCCGCGCGGUCAGCGGCAGGCCCGUCCCCGCUACGGCUGGCAUUUCUUUCAGUCCGCCGCGCGCAGUGCGCCUUAGCAGCAUACCUCGUUUUCCUCAUUUCCCCUCCGUCCCCGCUGUUCCCGCCUUCCCCUGUCCACCCCCGCAGAUGCCACGCGCAGCAGGGCAGCGCAGCGCCCAUUUUCGGUCCGCCUGAGGGGACGAGCUUGCGCGAGGGAGAAGAAGGGAAUGACACGUGGUGGGACGCGCAGUGUCUCUUCCAUCCCGUGGUGCUGCCGCCAGCACAUGCCGCAGUAGCAGCUAAUGCAACAGCAGAAGCAGACGGUGAUGCAGCAGCAGCAGCAACAGGAGCAGCAGCAGGAGCAGGAGCAGCACCAGUACCACAGGGACUCGACGAGCUAGCAGCAGGUGGAUUGAAGAGGUACUGGCGCAUGUACUACUAUGGCCGCUCCAGUAACACAUGGGGGGGACCCAGUCCCUCCGCUCCCUCCUCCGCCUCCACACCCCUCCCUCCUCUCCCCGCGCUCUUCACCACUGGCAGCAUAGGCCUGGCAAUCAGCAGCGACGGCAUGACAUGGAGCAGAGUGCGAGGACCAGAGGCAGGGGGGGCGAUUCUCACCCCGCGCUUACACGAACCUUUAGCAUUUGAUUCCUUGCAUGUGGGGUGCGGCGAUGUGGUGUGGGUGGAGCAAGGGGAUACAGGCGAGGAGUGCACGCAAGGGGGAGGGGGCGGCGAGAGGCGAGGAGGGGUAGAGGGAGCGCAUGGGAAGGGCGAGUGGUGGAUGUUCUACUUUGGAGGGGGCAGGGAGGCACGUGAGGUGCGACCGGGAGUGAGCGUGCACGGUGCCACCAUGCGCAUUGGCAUUGCCACGUCCCGGGAUGGGAUUCACUUCCUCCGCGUCACAACAACCGGUGCUGCUGACGCUGCUGGUGCUGAUGGUAUGAGUGACACUGGUGGUGUGCUGUCAGCAGCACGGGAGGGAGUGGUGGUGGAUGUAGGCGCAGCAGGGCAGCCGGAUGAUCUGUUUGUAGCCUGGCCGCGUGUGCUCACUCCCUCCAUGCUCGCCCGUGCCAACGCUUCUGCUGCCUCCGACCCUGCUCAAGCAACUCUACCUCAGAACCUCUGGCUCAUGACCUUUAGUGCCAUGUCCUCCACCUCCCCCUCCUACAUCCUCCUCGCCUCCUCCCCCAACGGCCUCUCCUGGACCCGCCACGGCCCCAUCCUCUCCCCAGGCCCGCCUGGUGCAUGGGAUGCAGCAGGGGUGGGGCGGCGGCAUGUGACUGUUCAUGGGGGCGUUCUUGCCAUGUGGUAUGAGGGCGUGGGGGGGGGUGGCAGGCAUGCCAUUGGACUUGCGAUUUCGCGGGAUGGGUUCAGAUGGGGGAAGGUAGAGAUGGAAGGGCGCGAACCAGGAGGACCGGUGUUUGGACCGUGGGAGGGGAGGAAAGCUGGGGAAGAAGAGAGUAAAAGGGAUUUGGGAGGGAAAGGGGAAGAGAGUGGGGAUGGGGAUGGGGAUGGGGAUGGGGAUGGGGAUGGGGUACAUGCAUGGGAGGACUUAGUGGUGGCGGCACCGCAUGUGGUGUGCAUGGGGGAUGGCACCAUGCGGCUGUACUAUGCUGCUCGGGGCACGGGCAGCAAGAGCUCCUCUGUCUUCAAGAUUGGGGUGGCGUUUGGCACGAGCAGCGAGCUGGGGGCGUGGCGCAGGGCUGGGUGUGAGAAGGCCAGCUCAAACUCCCUCUCAUCCACUCUGCUGCGACGGGCUGCUGGGGACACGCUGCGACUCCUUCCCCUUGCUCCUGCUCCUGUUCCUGCCCGCCCUGCUGCUCCUGUACCUCCCCUCCGUGCCGCCCCAGCUCUCUCUGCUGCCCCUGUUCGCCCUGCUGCCCCUGCUCCUGCCCACCCUACUACACCUUGCCGGUCCAGCCCCUGUGGCACAGACAUGGAUCCCUUUGGCUCCGGUGCAUUCGACCCCAUGCCAUUGCCCCUUGGCACAGGCCCUUUUGUCUCUCCUUCCGCAGUCCCCUUGACGUCGCCUUGCCCUGCCACCUUCUCUCCUCCAUUCCCCUCUCCGCGACCCCCCCCCUCCUCUUUUCUCUCCUCCCUGCCCCUCCGUUCUCCCACUGCCCUCUCCUUUCUCAGCCCCCUCCACCGCUCCGCACUCCUCUAUCUCCCAACGCGGUCCCCUUCCCUCUCUCCCCCACUCUCCCCCCCCCCCUUCCUCCUCCCCACACCCCUUCCCCUCCUCACACAGACGGCUCCUCCCUCCCCCAAGCCUCGACCCUUCACUCUCCGCAAGGGAGAGGCUAGAGCAGGUGCGCAACUCUGGCUGCUGGCUUCCUGGGCUGCUGCUGCCUGGCUCGCUGCUGCUGCUUGUAUUCCUCCUAUUGCUGCUGCUGCUGCUGCUGCUGCUGCUGCUGCUGCUGCUGCUGCUGCUGCUGCUGCUGCUGCUGCUGCUGCUGCUGCUGUUGCUGUGGAUGUCGAUGCUUGUGAUGCAUCCUCUGCUGCUCGUUUCUGCUCUACAGCAGCUGCAGCAGCUGAGUGCGCAUGUGCUGUCACCUCUUUCAGCCGCGCCAGUGACGACAUGGCCACCAGCAGCCGCUCCUGGCUCCGCUCCCUUCCCUUUCCGCCGCUCCCGGGGCUGGAUUCCGCCAGUUGCUGCAUCAGCGGUUCUCUGAGCGAGUCGAUACACCUCCUCUUCCCCGCGCUUCCCCCCUCCUCCGCCUCGGCCAUGCGCGCGCCAUAUCCUCGACCCGCCCGCGCAACCCACGUGUUCGUCCGCCCACUCCCCCUCGUCCGCGCUGCCCCCAUCCGCACGAGUUGCGCCAUUCCCCCCUUGCUCCCCCCGCACCCGCUGAGCGGGGCUCCGACCAUUGGCUGA